AUGCCCAAGUACGCCAAAGAUCAGCCCGUCAGCUUCAAAAAUGUCAUCGAGAGAGUCGCGAUUGUCGGUGCCGGAGGAACUGUUGGAUCGCACCUCGCUGCCGCCCUUCUUAAAACUGGAAAACACACAGUCACGGCACUCUCCCGCAGAGACAGCAGCAACAAGCUCCCCGAGGGUGUCCUCGUCGCCCCUGUCAACUAUGACGAUGAGGCGAGCAUUGUCACCGCUCUCAAAGACCAACAAUUUUUGAUUAUUACCAUGGCUCCCACCGCGCCUCGGGAUACCCACAGCAGGCUCGUCCAGGCGGCCGCCAAAGCAGGCGUUCCCUACAUCAUGCCCAACGAGUACGGCGGCGACAUUGAUAACACUAAACUCGGAGAGGAUACAAUGCUGGGGCCGGUGGGCAAGGCAAACAGGGACGAGAUUGAGCGACUUGGCAUGCGGUGGAUCGUUGUGUGCUGUGGGUUCUGGUAUGAUUAUAGCCUGGCGGGCGGAGAGUCGCGCUUUGGGUUCGACUUCGAUAAGCGUUCCCUGACAAUAUAUGACGAUGGCAACACCAAGAACUCAGUGUCGACAUUAUCGCAGGUUGGGCGCGCCGUGGCCAAAGUGCUAAGUCUCAAGGAGCUUCCCGAUGAUGAAAAGGACAAGAGUCUUACUCUAUCGGCGUUCCUCAACAAGGGCGUGUACAUAAAGAGCUUCGUGGUCAGUCAAAACGACAUGUUUGAGAGUGUUAAACGGGUCACAGGCACUAUUGACACUGACUGGGCGGUUACCCACGAGGCUACCAAGAAGCGAUACGAAGAUGGCUUGGCGCAAGUUCAAGCUGGUAACAUGGCUGGUUUUAGUAAGAUGUUGUACGCGAGGGCAUUCUACGCGGAUGAUCCGAAUGAUUGCUCGGCCAGGGUACAGAAUGAGCUGCUUGGAUUGCCGGAUGAAAGCCUGGAUGAGUCUACCAAGGUUGGGAUGGAUAUGGUCAGGGAACUGCAGCGUCGACCUGAGCGUAUGGCAUCGUAG